AUGCUUAUUCGUGUCUUUUUCUUGAGAAAAUUCAUCGAAACCUAUCCAUCUGCAAAUUUAAUAGCUGCAACGGUCGCACCUUUACCACACACCACUUGGAAAAAUUCUUUUUUCAAUAAUAUCCUCAUGGCUUCUUCGAAACCAGAAACAAAAAAUGGCUCCAAAAAAGGUGUUCCUUCUUUUGUAACGCCUGAGUAUAUUGAAUUGCAGCGUCAGAAAAAGGCAGAGAAGAUGGCAAAGAAGGCUACUCUUAAGCAAUCUGUGCCUCAAGAAGAUCAACCUCGUGAGUUCAAUACCGACUUCAUCAAAAGAGACAUGCUUCCUUUACCAAACUUCGUUCCUUUUGAUGAAAAUAAAUUACCUGUGGAUAUUAAAGUCAUGACUUACAAUGUGCUGGCUCAGACAAAUAUUCGUCGCUCCAUGUUCCCUCAUAGUGGAGAAACCUUGAAAUGGAAGAAUCGAUCAAAGGUCCUUGAAAAUGAGUUUAAAUUUUAUGCCCCCGACAUUGGUUGUAUGCAAGAGGUUGAUGCUGAAUUCAUACCUUCGUUCUAUAAACCUCUGAUGGAAAGCAUGGGUUUUGACUUAAGCUUCCAAGCUGCUGAAGGAAAGACACAUGGAAUUUUAAUUUUUUGGAAAACCUCUCUGUUUGAAAAACUAAAAGUGGACGUUAUUUAUUAUGACGAUCACGAUGAAUUACCUGGAAGAAUGAAUACAAAAAAUAUUGGCUGUUGCGUUUCAUUACAACGUACUAAUGAUCCUUCCAGAGGUAUAUUUCUUGCUACUACUCAUCUAUUUUGGCAUCCUUAUGGCUCAUACGAACGACUUCGUCAGGGAGCCGUCUUAGUAAAGGAGGUGAACGCUAUAGCCGAUGCUCGUCAAAAUUGGCCUGUAAUCAUCGCUGGCGAUUUCAAUACAGAACCUUUUGAUACAAAUUAUCCUGCAAUGACUACGAAGCCUUUCGCUAUUUGUCGACGUGCUACUGACAUUAUUGAACGCAGUAUGAAUUAUGUGUUUGGCGAAUCCGAAUUAGAAGGAAAAGAAGAAGCUGUGGCUCAACCAUCAAUUAAGCAAUCAGAUACUAAUACCGAAAGUGGUGUUUCUACUCCUACUUCUACCACGUCGGCAUCUGCCCCUUCCAAAAAGCGAAUUUUACAUGUGCAGAAUGAAUUUGUGCCACAUUACACCACAUUUUAUGAGCAACACCAGCAGAAUCCUCGACUUGUUAGCUUGUAUUCUUAUGGUUACAAACACGUCGAUCCAGUAAAUGCAAAGAAUGCAUUUGAGCAUCCUGCUUUUACGAAUUGGGCAAAUACUUACCAAGGUCAUUUGGACUAUAUAUUUGUUAUGGAUCGAAAUUCCACAAGCGAAAAGACUGCAAAUGAAGUUGUUGAAGGCAUUAAGCUAAAAAGUUUACUUAGAAUUCCUAAACCAGCCGAAAUGAAAGAGGCCGAACCUCUAGAGGGUAGAUAUCCUAGCGACCAUGUUGCUUUAAUGGCCUCCAUUCAAUUAAUAUGA